GUUGAUAACUUGUAGUUAGAAACCCCGCCAGCUGAAAGGCGUUCCCUCGGUGCGUCUCAGCUCAACGCUCCACGUCAGCUGCCUUUGUGAACACCUAAAUCCAACCUCACCAUCGUCGUCGAGCCGGCGCACGUUAGCUGAUACCUGUUAGAAUCUCUGCCUCUCUGUUCCAAGUGCAUGGGUUUCGGUUAAUGUAAGUAAAAUGAAAACACCGAAGCCGAUAGUAGUCUGAAGGGCCCUUCUCUCUCCGGCGAUUCCCAUCUACAAUUCUACGACUCCGAUUUCUCGAGAACUUCUAAUUUCGUUAUCCCCGAUCCGAUUCUCUUUCUGUGUCCGCCAUUUCGAUGGAAACCCAGUUCGACUUGGGUGGCAGAGAUUGUGGUUUAAGCUGCAGAGCUUCGAAAAAAGGACUCUGUCUUACAACUUGUAUAUAAUUAGCAGUAUUUCCUAUUAGUUGGUCGUUUGGAAAUAGAAGUGUUUAUCAGGUUGCAGCAGGUUGUUUAUGAAAAUUAUUUCGAUUAGGACUCGUUUGUUGGUUAGUUUUAUUUCUAUUAGGAUUUGGUUGCUUCGUUUCUAUAAGCAUUGGGCUUGUAAGAAAUAAAAUCAAGCACUUUCAAUUUCUCUUGCCCAAGAAGAUUUUCCUUUGGAAAAUGCUAGUGUGCCCCUGAGUUUGACGGCUAGUCAAUUUUAUUUUAUUUUAAUUAUUAUUUUUUAAAAAUGUUUAAAAAAGUUACCAAAUUUAUGUUUUAAAAAAAUAUUAUGAAUUAGCAGUCAAACCCAGCGGUAAGAACUGGGCGGCACAGAAGCACUACUCUUUUCGUUUACCCUUUAGAAACAGCCACGUGCAGCAAACAUUCAAUCACCAUUCAGCUCACAGCUGCACAAGCAUGGUCAAAAUAUUAAGUUUUUUUAUUUGUAAUUUAUGUUUUGAUUUUCUUUUCUUCUGCUUUCUCAGGAACUAGGCAUAUAUUGAAACCAUUGUAUUUACUUCACAUUGGGUGCCAGGAAAAAGUGUGAUUAAAGAAAAAAGGCCUCAACUUUGUGUUGUUGUAACACUUACUGAUUUAGAUUGAUUACUUCAUCUACUAGAAUGAAAUAAGGGUACGGGUAACUAUCUUUUACUUAUCAAAAAAGGCCUCAACUUUUUUUUUUGAUAAGUAUUUUUUUUUUUACUUAUAAAAAAAAAGAAUGAAAUAAGGGUAAGGUAUAUAUAAGAAUCCAAGUUUGAAUUUUAUUUGAAGAGAGCUUUCUUUUAGUUGAAUUCAGAAAGUAGAUUCUAAUUUUCGUUUAAUACAAUGAAUAAAUAAGAUAAUUGGUGGUAUUUUCUUUUGUUGUAGCUUUAGUGGAGCAUAUCUGGACUAGAAGAGGUAAAAAAUAUGCCCGAGAAAGAAAUGGUAGUGAUUGGAAGGAAAGUGACUCCCUCAUUAGUUGAUCUCUGUGUUAAGACAGCAAUAGAUAAUGUAAGGUACCUUGGGGAUGUUGGUGAAACGGAUCUAGAUCUUCUUGGUCAAAUUUUACCACAUUGUACAGUGGACCAAUUGAUGCAUGUGGAGAAGUGUUCAGAAGGAAGAGAUUUAAGUCCAGUUACUGACAAGUUGUGGAAGAAAUUUUAUGAAAAGCAGUUUGGCACAAGAAACACGGAGAAAGUUAUAGAGAGGAUGGCCAAAAGUUUGAAGUCAUAUAAAUGGAUCCGUUUGUAUGAGGCAAAAUCAGAAGACAUUGCUGAGCAUGAGAAGAAAGCAGCUGCCCGAAUUAAGAACCUAUACAAGAAAGAAAAUGCACGAAAACAAAGCCGGCAAGUUCAGCUUUGCACCAAGGUUCCACCUUCAAAAAAUAAAAGAAGUUUUUACGGUGGUGGUGGACCUGGCCACAAUACUUCAAACCAUAAGGGCAACUUGAUGAAGAAGUCAAAACUAGAAUUUCUAAACUGUCAUGAGGUGAAGAAUCUUGCGGCUAUGAAGAAAAAGGAGUACCAGAAAAAUGAUGGUUCCUCUCCCACGAUGAAACAAGCUCGGUUUUCUGGAAUAUAUGCUGCUACAACUUCUAAACUUUUCAAGCCUGUACACAGAAGAACAUAGAAACAUGCAUUUCUGACUCUUGGCAUUGCUGUGGAGAAUUGGACAGUAUCCUUGCUAAGCUUUGCAACAUUUCUAAACAAUCUGGAGUCCAAUGGCGAUCAUUUUAUUUCUCCUUUGUUUAUACUUGUGCCUUCCGCCUUUGUUAAUAUCCUAAAUUAAGAAGAUUUGGUUGUUUUACUACUAGCCUUGCACCUGCUCCGUUCCCCCUAUAUAUGUUCUUAGAAACUAAUUAAAAAAGAAGACUGAUGCUUUUAAAUUUA